UCACAACCAAAUCCGCCCUAUUACCAUCGCUAUCAGAGCUUUGCCGGACUCGUUUCCUCGGUUCCAGACGUAGUGGGGCGCCGCGAGACGCCGGGCACCCGCAAGAUAACUUUCGCGCACAGCCAAUCAUGUCAUGAAACUCCAAAAUUGCUGUGACUGGGCAAGCCCCGAAAAGUCAACACUCCCCAAUCGUUCUGGUUAUUUGCGCUGUCACGGCGAGGUACAGAGCGUGGCAGCAUGGCUUGGCUUCUUAUUGCGACGCGCUUGUCCUAUAUAGAGAUCUUAAUUUACCUUUGUUUUGUGUGAGUGUAUGCAGUCCGCGGGAACCAUCCAUCGGAAGAAACGAUGGGAACUCUGAGCAGAGUAUAUGAGGUUUGGCUAAGCUCACUUUAUUCACCAACGUCGCUGGUGCGCUUUUGUUGGUUCUAUCUGUCACUCAUUUUCUUUCGAUUAUUCAUUCAUUCAUUCACACUAUGAUUUAUUUUUCGACACUCUUUCUUAUCGUUUCACUUAGUGCUACUUUGAGUUAUGCGGCUCCUCUGGCUGGCCAGAAGAGGGGUAUUGAUGCGAGUCUUCUCAACACGUUUAAUUUGAUGGAACAGUAUGCUUCCGCAGCAUACUGCGCAAGCAAUUUCGAUUCGCCAGGCGACCAGAUAGAAUGCGGUUCAGAAAACUGUCCGUAUGUACAGAUUGCAGAUUCUACAACAGUAAUCGAGUACAAUAGACAGGAAACCUCUACCGACGUCACAGGAUUUGUCGCAGUGGACCACACAAACAAAAUGAUCGUCGUCUCUUUCCGCGGCAGCUCAGACGUCGACAACUGGAUCACCAACUUCGACUUUGAUGAUACGGACACCGAUCUCUGCUCUGGGUGUACGGCGCAUCACGGUUUCUGGAACAGUUGGCUCGACGCGCGGGACCGCGUCCUAGCAGCUGUUAAAGAUUCACGCACCACUUACACCGACUACGCAGUGGUGGUUACCGGACACUCAAGCGGCGGCGCUGUUGCUGCGCUAGCUGCUGCUCAACUACGUAACACAGGCUACACCGUCGCUCUGUAUACGUUUGGAUCGCCAAGGGUAGCGAGUAACACGCUGAGCGAUUAUAUAACAAAUCAGCCAGGUGGCAAUUACAGAGUCACACACUGGAAUGACCCAGUGCCCAAGCUACCGUUGAUCAUCCAGGGCUAUGUUCACAUUAGUCCCGAAUACUACAUUAAUAAAGGGAAUAAGAAGGAUGUGAACGAAGGCGAUAUCAAAAUCUACGAAGGAUCAGUGAACCUGAAGGGGAACUCAGCUUGGCUCUUGGUAGAUGUGGAAGCCCACAGAUGGUACUUCAAGAGCGUAUAUGAGUGCGCUGCUAGCAAGACCAAGCGAGGCAUCCUAGAGAUAGGCGAGGGUGGAGGAAGUGUGGAGGUGUUUGCCAUGUUUUGAAUUAUGUAAUUAACUAUACCCAGGACGUAACGUGUCCGAAGCUCGCAUCGACGACUAUAACAGUAUCUAAUAUCAGUCA